AUGUCGUGCCUCCGCGAGCUGUGGGCAGAAACUGCCGAGUACUUGCUGCAAGCGCAGCAGGCGCUAGGGCCAGAAGAUUUCACAAAGGCCAGGAUGCAGCAGUUUCAGCGCGUGUCCUACGCAGUGAAGGCUUCAAAUUUGUCUUUGAAAGAUGCCACAGAGCUGAUGAAGGCUAUGAAAGCGACAGCCGUGUUCUCAGAGACAGAGACGCUCUCAUUGCUGGAGCAGUGCACGGCAAGCGUGGCGUCAGUCGCAGCUCCCUUGCAUAAGCGGCGCGUCUUGCAGGACUACGUGCACUUCCCCAUGUACAUCCCGGCCGACUUGUGGUCCACGCUUGGAAAAAAGGAAGUUAGUGGCUCGGAGAAGGCGCUCCAGCUUGCAGACUGCUUGGCACGUCUUGGCUUGUGCUCGCCCAGUGAGCCAACCAGCAGAUCCUUCACAGCCGUUUGCCUCCUAGCUUCCAAGAAGGAGCCUCUCCUCAUGAGUGUCCAGGAAAAAUUUGACGCGUUCUUGACGCACAAGGAGAUCCUGCGCAGCGUGUGCACGGCAAAGUACUCGGAGACUCGAAAUUUCCAUCCUUGUUGCCCUCUGAUCCUGCCCGCCUUGACCCUGCUCUUUUGGACAGGGCCGGAAGCUCUUCUCGUGUCUUGGAACAUGAACACUAAGAAGGAGAUUGCCGUCACCAAGAUCAAAGCGGAGCAGAAGACGUCGAACGAGGAUCUCUUGCAUGCUUUGGUUGCGCACCUACGACCGCAGCCUUUGGAGAUCCGCGACAACAAGCUGAGAUCGCUGCCGGCGAUCAUGGAUCGCUAUCACGAGCACGAGGACGAGCCGGAGCCGAAGAAACUACGCGCAGCGGCGUCCAUGCUAAGCCUGACAAGCUCGCGCGAGCAGGAGGACCCUAUCUCGGCAUCUUCCACAUCCCCGAAAACUACCCAGAGCACUGAUGAGAAGCUUCUGCCCUUCAAUCGGGAGGCCAGCAGCUCGAGCCGCAAUGAGACGCCCAACGCUAACCCAAUCCUGGCAGCAGCUGCCGCGCUGAAGGAAGAAAAGUCCUCUGCCGCGCCAACGCCCAAGGUGGAUGUGGCAAAUGCCGUGGACGGCCGGGGUGAGGUGAAGUCGCAGCCGAAACCCAAGGCCAAGAAGAAGUCGGCCGCCAAGAGCGUUGCUUCGCCCUUGAGGAAGGCCGGCGAAGACUUGGAGGAGAAGAAAGCUGCUGCACUUGACCUUGAGCCGCCCGCGACGGAGCCGAGCCCAAGCGCCGCAGGAGGCGAGCCCGAGGAGAAGAUGCAUGCGCCGCUCGCUAAGCGCAGGGCGCGCAACGAGCAGGCCAUGGACGCUGCGGUGCUGAAAAAAAUUCGAGCAGCUAUCCAGUACAGGAAAAGCCAGGGCGACACGGAUGUCGCAAAGCUGGACAGCCACUGGAAGAGCGCCAACCCGGACGAGAAGAGGGAGUGCUUGGCGAAGUUCCUGAAGGAUCCAAAGCUUCGGUGGAGUGGAGAAGUCACAAAGCAGAGCGUUGUCUCCGAAAAGGAAACUGACCUGAGCACCAAGGAGUGGCUGACUAAGAAGCAGAUCGCCAACGAGCAGAGCCUGAGCUUGGAGAAGCCGGAGGAGAAAGAGUUGGUGGACGCCCUGCUGAAGACGCUGGAAGAGCGCGACCACGAGAACUCGGAAUGGGCCCGUCGUGGGAUAAAGCAGUACAAGUACGUUCGCGGGAGCUGGCCACUGAGCGCAAUCACGGUGACCGAGAGGUCCGGCGUUGGAAGCUCUUCGGAUCAAGUUGACGUGAGCUGGACCGCUGCUUCUAAAAAGAUCGAGAAGGAAGGCGCAAGCCUGGUGAAGCAGAUGUCGAAGGCGAUGGCUGCAGGCCAGAAGCUCCGGCAGCUCCUGCCGAUCCCCGACCGCGCGGAGAUUACGGAUGCGCUGACGAACGCCCAAGCGGGCUUGCAGAGCCUUGAAUGCGCAGUGAUCUCAAUCCAGCACACGGAAGAGUAUGUCGCGACCACCAGCAAGCUGAUCCAUGAGGGAGAGACAUCCCUGCAGGCAUUGGACGAUGUCUUGGCGAAGGUCAAGGCUGCCCGCGCGCUGAACCAGAAGAAGUCGAAGUCGAAGUCCAGGCCGGCGCCGAAGGAUUCCGCCGACGACGUGAUUCCGGAGACAGUUCCUGAGGAGCUCAACGAUGGUGCCGCUGGCAUUGGUGAGAGGGCUGAAGCCUCGAUCGGAUAG